CGGCUGCGCACGCACAGUGAUCCCUGCUCGCGUCUCCUGUUGGGGUCCGUGCCCUGCGCUGCGCUGGGCGCCAUGGCGUUCCCCGGAGCCCGGGCCCGCGUCUGGGCGGCAGCAGCCAGAGCGGCCCAGAGGAGCCGCCGCGUGGAGAACGCAGGAGAGUCCCCGAGUCCUGAGCCUGCGGGCCGGCGCGCGGCGCUUUACGUACACGGGCCUUACUGCGAGAAGCGCUGCAGUUACUGCAACUUCAACAAGUACAUCCCUCGCCACGUGGAGGAGGCUGGCAUGCAGAAGUGUCUGGUGACCGAAGCGCAGACGCUGUUGCGGCUCAGCGGGGUGCAAUGGGUGGAGUCUGUGUUCUUUGGUGGGGGGACCCCCAGUCUAGCCAGUCCCCACACGUUGGCUGCUGUCCUGGAGGCUGUGGCACAGACAGCCCACCUGCCUGCAGACUCGGAAGUCACAUUGGAGGCUAAUCCUACUUCAGCUCCGGGCUCCAGACUGGCAGAGUUCGGGGCAGCAGGGGUCAACAGGUUGUCUAUAGGCCUCCAGUCCCUAGAUGACACUGAGCUCCGGCUAUUGGGACAGACGCACUUGGCCUGCGAUGCUCUGCGGACGCUGGCAGAGGCCCGGCGCCUCUUUCCCGGGCGCGUGUCUGUGGACUUGAUGCUGGGGCUGCCGGCACAGCAGGUGGGGCCGUGGCUUGGGCAGCUGCAGGAACUGCCGCACCACUGUGACGACCACCUCUCCCUCUACCAGCUGUCCCUGGAGCGGGGAACCGCACUCUUCGCCCAGGUGCAGCGGGGUGCCCUUCCAGCCCCUGACCCGGAGCUCGCAGCUGAGAUGUACCAGAGGGGCUGGGCCGUUCUUCGGGAGGCUGGCUUCCACCAGUAUGAGGUCUCCAACUUUGCCCGGAAUGGAGCGCUCAGUACCCACAAUUGGACUUACUGGCAGUGUGGUCAGUACCUUGGCAUUGGGCCUGGGGCCCAUGGGCGAUUUAUGCCCCAGGGGGCUGGAGGCCACACCCGGGAGGCUCGGAUCCAGACACUGGAGCCUGACAACUGGAUGAAGGAGGUGAUGCUGUUUGGCCAUGGCACCCGGAAGCAUGUCCCCCUGGGCAGGCUGGAGCUGCUGGAGGAAGUUUUGGCCCUGGGGCUACGCACCGACGUGGGGAUCACUCACCAGCACUGGCAGCAGUUUGAGCCCCAGCUGACCCUGUGGGACAUGUUUGCUAGCUGGAUCACAGGGGCCUUCGGUGUUCCUGGGAGGGUCUGGCUGUGCUGGACUCUCCCUUGCUGA